AUUGCGCCAGUUUAACCCCUUCGGGGGCUUUCAACCUACCCCUCUUUGCACGCCCUUGAAUGGGGGAGAGGCUGUUUGUUGCCCGUUCGUAGACACAUACAGUACCCGGUUGGCGGGUAGCGAGUGGAAGAUUUAUUCAAACCGUGUGUCUUUGGAAACUGUGAAAUGUGACGCCUGAAUUGAUAAAGAAAGAACACCCUUUCAACACAAUGUUUUUGACACAGUUUCUUUGUAGGUAUGCCUGUCUACAGAAAUCUUUCGCAGUGAGCGGUUUUGGAGGAGCAAUUUCAAAACCUCCUGAACCUUGCUGGAUCUAUUGUUUAAGAAGAGUUUCUGUUUGCCGUGGCAAAUGCUUUUCUACCAAAAUAGUUCUGGGUAUCGAAACUAGCUGCGAUGAUACAGCCGCAGCUGUGGUGGAUGAAGCUGGCAACAUUUUAGGAGAAGCCCUGCAUUCUCAAAGCGCGGUUCAUCUGAAAACAGGUGGAAUUAUUCCUUCGGUGGCACAACAGCUUCACCAAGAAAACAUUGCAAGAGUAGUGCAAGAAGCACUUGCCAUCAGCAGAGUUAGCGCAGAUGGACUCUCAGCCAUUGCAACAACCGUGAAGCCAGGACUUGCUUUGAGCCUCGGAGUUGGGUUGGCCUAUAGUCUGGAACUGGUGGAGAAAUGCAAGAAGCCUUUCAUUCCCAUCCAUCAUAUGGAGGCGCACGCUCUUACCGUUAGGUUGACCAAUCGUGUGGACUUCCCGUUCCUGGUACUUUUGCUCUCUGGGGGUCACUGUAUACUAGCGGUAGCACAAGGAGUUUCAGAUUUCCUUCUCCUUGGACAGACAUUGGACAUUGCACCUGGGGACAUGUUGGAUAAGGUAGCCAGAAGGCUUUCUUUACGAAAGCACCCAGAGUGCUCUGGCCUGAGCGGUGGAAAAGCGAUAGAACGUUUGGCUCAGCAGGGAAAUAGGCGGCGUUAUGAAUUCAAAGUCCCCAUGGAGCAGCAUCACAACUGCAACUUUUCCUUUGCUGGACUUCAGUCCCAGGUCACUAGAGCGAUCGCAGAAAAAGAAAAGGAGGAAGGGCGUCAGGAAGGACAACUCCUGUCCUGCAUACCAGACCUUGCUGCAGCAGUCCAGCACACGGUAACUGCUCAUAUUGUCGCUCGAACGCACCGAGCCAUUCAUUUCUGUAGAAGGAAGGGUAUCUUGCCACAGAGGAAGGCAACUUUGGUGGCUUCGGGGGGUGUUGCAAGUAACCAGUAUAUCCGGAAAGCUCUGCAGGUUUUAACAGAUGCCACCGAUUUCGCCCUGGUAUGUCCGCCUCCCAGACUGUGCACUGACAACGGUGUUAUGAUUGCAUGGAAUGGCAUUGAAAGGCUUUGUGCGGGACUGGGUGUUUUAUAUAGCACAGAAGGCAUAAGAUACGAACCAAAAGCUCUGCUUGGGACUGAUAUCUCAGAAGAAGUCCAAAAAGCUUCCAUCAAAAUGCCAGACCAAAUCAGAUGUGAAAAGUGAAUUCUGCCACCAUCCGUUUCAAUGGGAGCUCCAUGCCAUUUGCCCCAGCCUCUGUAUGACAAUGUGCCAUUGCUGAGAUUUUUCAGUACUACACUGGGGAUAUCAAAAUGAAAAAUAAACCAAGAAUAAUUGAUAAUUGAUAUCAGCAUAGGCAUUCUUAUAAGGUGUAAAUGAAGAAGAUAUUUCUAAGCGUUCUAUCCUGUUCUGUAAAUUUCAACAUUGACCGUUGUCGACAGUUAAACAAGGCUUUUGGUUUCCAAAAGGACUAGUGGAAAGAAGAAGUAGAAGCAGAAGGGUUUGUGCAUGACAGAUAAUUCCAUUUCCUUUCCCAAGUGGUUGCAUACUUGAAUACAAUUGCUCUUCUUGAUUGUGGACUUCUUGAUUGUGAGGCUACCUACACCAAAGCGAAUUGGAAUAAAUCCCCUUCUGAACUUCUU